AUGUUCACCACGUGCGUGAUCAAAGAUACGACACUCUCCAACGUGCAACGGAUGCACUAUCUGAAAAGCAGCGUACAGGGCGAGCCGGAGGUUAUGCUCCGGAGUUUUUCGGUUAUAGACGCUUAUUUUAUAAUCGCGUGGGACCUACUCCAACAAAGGUAUGACAACACACGACGACUUGUGAAGUCAUACUUGCGAAACAUUGUCAAGUUGGCGGCAAUGCCCACAGAAUCCGAAACGAGUCUGCGAAAACUGUUGGACACCGUGACUGAGUCAAUGCGUGCGUUACAACAGCUUGGCCGUCCAACAGCUCAGUGGGAUGAUUGGCUAAUUUUUCUAAUCACCGAAAAGCUCGAUUCUGCCACAGUUAAAGAAUGGGAGAUGAGUCUUGGUAGUCCAAGUGAGCUGCCUGCUUACAGCGAUUUAGUCUCGUUUCUAGAAAAACGCAUUCUUGGAUUGGAAGCAGUGGGGGCAGCUGCCAAGAAUAAAUCGAAAGAUUUUUCACAAAAAUCACCACACAAUCAAGCUGUGCGAAGUCAUCAAACGAGCUUUGGCCGAUGCUCAUGCUGUUCGGGUAAGAAUACGCUCAUGUACUGCCCGGAUUUCCGCAAGAAAACAUCUUCAGCAAAAUUUGAUCUGGUUCAUAAGGCAAAAUUUUGCAAAAAUUGUCUAAAACCAGGCCACACUCUUGACGAGUGCUCAUCUACUUAUACAUGCCAAAGGUGCAUGCAAAAACAUCAUACACUGUUGCAUGACAGUCUUUCUACGCAACCCAACAAGGUUGCUACUCAGCAUACGCGUUCCGAUUAUUUAAUACAGACACCAAACACAAAUGAUCUCACAUCUGUUCUGCGUGCAACUGCGGUUAUUGGAAUACGCUCUCCCACAGGGCAUGAACUCCAACUGCGGGCGCUUCUGGACAAUGGAUCACAGGCAUCUUUCAUCAGCGAGUUUGCAGUUCAACAACUACACCUUCGCAGAGCCCGUCUUCAAGUACCCAUCACCGGUAUAGGCGGCUGCCGUGUAGGUGAGUCUAAUGGCGUAGUUCAUUUCUCAUUACAUUCACUUACAGAACCCGAGUUCAACAUCGAUUGUUCGGCUCUGGUCCUGCCCCGCUUGGGACAUCUCAUGCCGUUAAAACGUGUCGAUCCAAAACCAUAUUCGGAAUUUCUCGAUCUGCCAUUAGCCGAUCCAAACUUCUUCGAACCAGGGUCUAUUGAUGUCAUCAUCGGCGCAGACCUCUACGGUCUCCUUUUGCGCAACGACAUCAAACGCUCUGCCAUCAACAAAGUUACCGCACAGAAUACUCACUUAGGAUGGGUAAUCUACGGGCGUCUGCCCCACACAUCUACACUACUCCGGGCCACCACGUUUUGCGCUACAGCCACUACUGAACUCAACAAUUUGGUUCAGCAACUGUGGAAGUUCAAUGAAUGUGAGGACGUGGAAGGCUCAUCCUCAAUGACACAAGACGAAAUUUACUGCGAGAAGCUAUUUGAGCGUACAGUGUGUCGCGAUCUUUCCGGGCGCUAUCACGUUCAAUAUCCCUUCAAGGAGUCCUGUGACCUUGCCGCUCUAUGCGAUUCUAAAUCAGAUGCCCUUCGACUAUUCGCAUACCAACAAGCGCGCCUUCAAAACAAUGCCACACUGAAUGAAAUGUAUACAGCGUUUAUGGCUGAGUACAGAAAUCUUGGUCAUAUGGAGCCAGUCCCAUCUGACGAUUUUGCGCAUCCAGUAUGUUACAUUCCUCAUCAUGGUGUGUACAAAAAAGGUAGCACUACGACGAAGCUUCGCACUGUAUUUAAUGCUUCAAGGAAAUACAAAGGUGGCGUUUCUCUAAACGACUGUUUUCAUGUUGGACCCAAGCUGCAGAGCGACUUAAGCUCCAUCAUUUUAAAAUGGCGAAUGCAUCGAGUUGCGUUCAUAGCGGACAUUGAAAAAUGUUAUCGCCAGAUUUUAGUCAGCAGACCUGAUGCUGAUAUGCAGCGGAUUGUCUGGCGUGACGAGCAGGGCAAGCCAGCCAUUUACCGGUUGCUCACUGUAACUUACGGCUUAAAUUGCUCGCCCUAUCUCACCAUUAAGGUUCUGCACACGCUUGCUACGGAUGAAGAACACGAUUUUCCGGCAGCAUCAAAAAUAUUAACGGAGUCGUUUUACAUGGAUGAUUGCCUGAAUGGUGCCGCAACCGUGGAAGACGCUCUGAAUAUUCAACGUCAGCUACAACAGCUUUUGCAGCGCGGCGGAUUCAACCUUCGGAAGUGGAUGUCUAACUCUACUGAAUUUAUGCGCCAUCUGUACACUGAAGACGAAAACCUUGGGCUGUCCCGCAACUUAAAUCUUGAUAGCGAAACAAACGCUCUAGGAAUUUAUUGGCUGUGCGACACUGACAGCAUCGGUUACAAGACAAACGUAACAACUAUCAUUGGAGACAUCACAAAGAGGCAGCAAUUGUCCGAUGUGGCCAAAAUCUAUGACCCGCCGGGUCUACUAGCACCUGUCGUAGUUAAAGGUAAAGCUAUUUGCCAGCAGCUGUGGUUAUCGGGUGUCGACUGGGACGAUCCCAUUCCUGAUCCACUUCAACAAGAAUGGCGACGCUUUAGAGACGAAAUGCCUCAAAUCAGAGAACUCAAAGUGCCCAGGUGGGUUGGAGCUGAGCCCAGUGUAUCCAGUUACCAACUGCAUGUAUUUUCUGAUGCCUCUAUUGUGGCAUAUGCUGCUGUCGCGUACCUUCGUGUGGAAACUUCAGGUAAUGAUGUACUCGCAGCGAAAGUAGCCGCUAAAGUGCUGUCAACACUGCAACUCCCAGCGAUUCGACUUUACUGUUGGUCGGAUUCCAAAACCACGCUCAGCUGGAUUCGAUCAAAUCCUGGUAAACACAAGCAAUACAUCAGCAAUCGUGUAACUCAAAUCCAAGAGUUAACACCAAUCAACGCUUGGAAGUAUGUACCUACUACAACGAACCCAGCCGACAUUGCAUCCCGGGGUAUUUUCCUGUCUCAGAUCGCAGGGUUGUCGCUGUGGUGGCGGGGACCUCCGUGGCUAAAUCGCCACUCAAGCACCUGGCCUGAACAACACAACGGUUCGACAGAUCCAGACGAAGAAUUAGUUCUCUCCCUAGGGACGAUUCCGGAAAAGUCCAAACCAACCAUGCUCACGACAUUCCUUCAAAAAUGCUCGAAUCUCAACAAGCUAUUGGCAGUCACAUCUUGGUGUCAGCGUUUCCUUGCCGCACUGAUGAAGCGACCCCAUGAAACAACUCUAUGGUGCACUGUGACCGAAAGAAUCGCGUCCUUGCAAUUCUGGAUAAGGUAUGUUCAGCAGAUUCAUUUCGCUAAUGAGAUCUCCUGUCUUCGUUCUAGCAAACCGAUUUGCCAGAAGAGCAAGCUCCUCAAAUUGAACCCAGUUUUGGAUGACGAUGGUAUUUUGCGUUUAAACGGACGGUUGAAGAACGCAAACAUGCCUUUCUAUGAACAGUUUCCAUGCUUGUUACCGAAACAGGAUCCUCUGUGCACGUUACUGAUCAGUCAAGCGCAUGACUAUACGUUGCAUGGCGGCGUUCAAUCGACUCUCAACUUUAUAAGAAGAAGAUACUGGAUUAUUGACGCUCGUUCGUCAAUCAGACGAUUUAUUCAUCGUUCUAUAAAAUGUUUUCGUCACCGAGGUGUUCCCUCGACCCAAAUCAUGGGAAGUCUUCCCACGCAUCGCUGCAACGCAGCAAAACCUUUUAGUCAUUGUGGUCUCGAUUACGGUGGACCGUACCAAAUUCGCAGCGCGAAAGGCAGAGGCCAUCACAGCUACAAGGGCUAUGUUGCCCUAUUCGUAUGCUUCAGCACCCGAGCAAUUCAUCUGGAGCUGGUUAGCGACUUGAGCACUGCAGCGUUUCUUGCAGCUCUUCGAAGACUCUUUGCACACCGUGGAUACAGUUCGGACAUAUACAGCGACUGUGCUACAACGUUCGUAGGAGCCGAUGCGGAACUAAAAGCAGAUCUGGCCAGCUUUCGACAACAGCUUGAGGCGGCAGCACGGUACGUGCCAACUUGGGGAGUAACAUGGCAUUUCAUACCACCUGGAUCUCCAAAUUUCGGAGGCAUCUGGGAGGCGGGUAUAAAAAGCAUGAAACAUCAUUUAAAGCGCAUAAUUGGCAGCGCGAAGCUAACAUUUGAAGAAUUUUAUACUCUUUUAAAGCAAGUGGAAGCAGUGCUUAACUCGAGGCCGAUCUCGGCACUAACAGAAGACGCAACGGACUUAGCUGCGUUGACCCCUGGCCAUUUUUUGGUGGGCGGUCCGUUAGUCGCUACUCCCGAACCAAGUUUACUUGAUGUUAAUCCAAAUCGGCUCAAAAGGUGGAAACAGCUUCAACAAAUGCAGCAACAUUUCUGGGCCCGAUGGAGUUGUGAGUACUUGCGAGAACUCCAAGUAAGACGCAAAUGGCAUCAAACUAGCACCAAUCUAUCACCCGGAGACUUGGUCUUAAUACGCGACGAGCGCGCUCCUCCCACUCAGUGGACGUUGGGUCGUAUAAUAGACGUGCAUCCAGGAACUGACGACGUUGUCAGAGUGGCAACCAUUCGUACGCCAACUUCCAUUAUCAAGCGAGCCAUAUCAAAGUUAGUACUGCUGCCUAUAGAGGACACCUGA